AUGCUAGAUCAGCAUUCCAAAGUUCGCACCAAGCUGCCAAAGUCCGCGCCCGAUUCAACACGUACUGAUCCCAUACAAAGCAAAGAUGCCUUUACUCAACCAUCCAGCUGCGACAGACUAGCGACAGACAGAAUUGGAGAAGAGCUCAACCCAGAUGCAUGCAUUUGGAGACUAUAUGCCGAAGAGGCAAAGGAAUACGAUGGUGAAAUGGCCUAUGAGAGAAACAAAAAUUUGGACACGAUGCUCUUAUUUGCUACCUUGUUCUCAGCAAUCGUAACUGCAUUUCUCAUGGAAUCCACGGAUCUUCUAGAACAGGACUCUUCCGAAGUGUCGACUCAGCUCCUGCUGAAGCUUUUGCAUUCUCAGCAGCGUAUUGAAAUGGGAGUAUCUGAUUCUACCGCGCCGAUUUUCGAGUUGCCCAAUUUUGUUCCAUCUGCUACUGCCCGGUUGAUAAACAUACUAUGGUUUACGGCUCUAAUGAUCUCCUUGGGAGCAGCAGUGGUUGCUAUACUGGCCAAAGAAUGGCUAAGCGCAUUUAUGUCAUAUCGCACACGACAGGCACACGAGUAUGCGCUGCAGCGCCAGGCUCGUCUGAUAUCUCUGGAUACGUGGAAUCUCCUCCCAAUCAUCGAUCUCCUUCCAACAUUGUUGAAUUUUGCACUUUUUGUGUUCUCCGUCGGGCUAAUCGUACGACUGUGGAUCCUGGACUUUGUUGUCGCAGCGGUCAUCACAACCGUCAGCACUAUCGUAGGAGGGAUUUAUCUCUUCGUUGUUAUUUCGGGUGCGGUGAAUCCACCAGAGAUUUGUCCUUACCAGGCCCGUUUAUCUUUCUACAUUAGAAGGAUGCUUUCACAAAGCCUAUUCAGGUUCCUUGGAACAAACCGAUGCGCUAGUCCGGGAUCACCAAAAUUUGUCAAAUCAACGGAUCUGAGCCUACUCACUUGGCUUCACAAUCAUUCCAGCGAUCCAACUCUGAAAAGCUACGUUACCCAGGCACUCGCCGGUCUCAGGUCAUUGAACCUCGGGCUACCAAAAUUUUGGUCCACGAGGAAGAAACCUGAGGAGCUGCGUAUUAUUUAUCAAAGAAAUUCGCAGAUCAUUGGUCCCCUAUUUGAUCUCGGUGCUCAAGCAAUAGAUCAGCUUCAAAUGAUGCCUGUUAAAGCUCUCGUUUGGGCCGCAGAAUGGCCCGCCUUAACACCCAGCGCCUACGCUUACUUAGUAGCUGCAGAACUCAAGAUCGUUAGACAUGCUUUGGCAUCUUUAAACUCGUACGAGAACGAAAAAACGCGCGCGAGCCAACAUCACAAGACGAUAGAAAUGGUUCCAACCUGUGUCCAAGCCGGACUUCAAAACCUGGACGAAAACAGCCUUCAGCUGCGUUGUAGUUCUGUAUUGACGCGUACAGCCCUGGUGCUCAAGUCUAGCGUCAGUCACUUGAAGUCCAAAGGGAGCCAGGAAGUACAGUCGGCAAUGAUUACCCUAAUUCUGGAAGCCACAAAACUUAUCGCCCAGGAAAAACCGAGGUCAAGCAACAACACAAGGCGAUUUGGGACUCCCGGAUACUCAGAUACGUUGAACAAGGAAAUCUCAAUCACGAUUAUAUCCGAGAGUAACACGAUGCAUCGCAUUGGUUGUAAGCGACGGAUACGCAAUUUCGAACUUAUGGAAGUCCUGCUAGAGCUCUGUGGAGAUGGGAAUACUAUGGGCGAAUUACCUCUUGAAACCUUCCGGGUUGCUGCUUUCAACUUACUCCUCAAUUACUGGCCCGCGUACCUCCGACAGUGGAGAGUGGAUGAUAUUGAGCACUUUACACAAUUUCCGUGGAAGAUCCAGGACUGGGAGGAAAUUCCAUUUCAAACUGCACCCUACAGUCCACAAAAACUGUCUGAAAUAACAAUAUACCGAUCUAUAGUGUUGGCUUCUAUCGCUACAAGUCUACACUGGAUGUUGGGUAGAUGCGACCUGCUUCAGCUUGUCCUCGAACCGUUAGUCUCCGGCUCUAGUAUACUGUCGAAAUCGAUUAGAAAGUUCAAGAGAAACGCCACUCCAAGAGCUCUCAUUAACUUCUAUCGGUGGCUACCUACGAACGAGGCAUUAGAACAGUGUUGUAUGGCGAUAGAUCCUACACCAGCGGACUCCAUCCUACCAGCGGACGAGGAAAUCCGGUAUAAAAUAUCUUGGUGUAUUGCUCGUCUGAUAGCAACAACAAGGGCAUUUGUCGACGGCACCCGGACUGUGGAUAUAUUUUCUCUGGCACGAUUGAAACAUUCACAUUCGACAGAGCACAAAGGGGCGCGAGUGGACGGGUCAUGGAGAUUAUAUAUGCGGCAUCGCAAGCGGCCGAGCAAGACAUUACCGCACCAGUAA